AGCGCGCAGCUCCUCUCAGGCAGUUCAAGGGGCCAUGAGACAGAGCUACGUGAGGCAGUGUCUGCUGUUUUCGGCUCCCACUGUAGUGUAAGUGGCAUACCACUACUACUGCUUGUAUCAUGAUCAUGUGGCUCCCCCUACUGGCACUGUUGGGCUUGAUCCUUCUGUACAGAUGGUACAGACAGAGUCAGAUACUGGAGAACCUCACAGAUAAAUAUGUCUUCAUCACCGGAUGUGAUUCGGGUUUUGGGAACCUGCUGGCAAGGAAUCUGGACAGACGUGGAAUGAGGGUUCUAGCUGCCUGUCUGACGGAUAGAGGGGCUGAGGAACUGAGGAAGGAAACUUCAAGCAGACUACAUACAGUAAUUUUAGAUGUUACUGACAGUCAGAGCGUUAGUUCUGCUGCCAAAUGGGCAUCUACCAUUGUUGGUGACAAAGGACUGUGGGGCCUAGUAAACAAUGCAGGCAUUAGUGUCCCGUCUUGUACCAAUGAGUGGUUGAAAAAAGAUGAUUUUUUUAAGGUCCUAAAUGUAAACCUAUUGGGGGUUAUUGAUGUGACAAUCAAUCUCUUACCAUUGAUCCGAAAGGCCAAAGGACGAAUAGUCAAUGUUUCCAGUAUUGCAGGAAGAAUAACUAUUUCCCCUGGGGGAUACUGCAUGUCCAAGUAUGGUGUAGAGUCAUUUUCAGACAGUCUGAGGCGCGAGAUGCGGCCAUUUAAAGUGAAAGUAUGCAUUUUGGAGCCUGGGUUUUAUAACUCAAAUAUAACCAACGGAGAAUUGAUACAGAGGGAUAUUAAAAGGAGCUGGGAAAGCCUUUCAGAAGAAGUAAAACAAAGUUAUGGAGAUGAGUAUUGUAAAAAAUGUCUUUCCUACUUUGAUGGAAUGGAACAAAAAUGUAACAAAAACCUGUCCCUAGUCACAGACUGCAUGGAGCAUGCUCUGACUGCGGUUCAUCCCUGGACUCGAUACUCUGCAGGCUGGGACGCCAAGCUCAUCUUCAUACCUCUCUCCUACCUACCUACAGUAAUCUUGGACUUUCUCCUAACCAUUGGUCAGCCUAAACCAGCUCAGGCGGAUUGAUCUAUUUUCUUAAAUUCUAAUGGUUGAAACAUAUUGCAGUGUUUAUUAGAUCCUUAUUAGUGUGACACAUUUUCCUAAAGCACGUUGGUAUAUAAAGUAUAUAAUAUAUAAAGCUAAAAAAUAAAAACUAUAAACAAUUAUGGGAUCUUCACACAGGUAAUUAACAUUUCAAGUUCAAUGUAGCAAAAACACAAUA